CACACUCACUUGCGCAAACACCAUCAUCGCACUCGCACCCACGGUCAGUUAUAUUAGCUCUCGACGUUAGCAAGCGUACGGUACGAUGGGGGGGAAGGGGUUUCAUGCCGAUAAGCUCCCGGAGAAGGAAGGUGAUGGGUUGGUCGCCUCGGGUUGGGAACGGUUGAAACGUGCAGUGGGCAUGGAAACGCCCGGCGGGGAAGCGGAUCAUCUACCCGACGACAGUCGCUACGAUAGGGUAGGGAGGGAUGGCGUCAGGAUACCACGCAUCAAAUACAGUGACCCCGGUGCCAUCACUCAGGUUGUCGAUUUUGCGCGUGCGGUGCCGAUGAUGGUACAGGCGGCUGCGGCGAAAACGAUAGAGUUGGCUAAGGCGAAAAUGGAAGAAGUGGCUAAAAAUAGACGGGGUUAAGUUAUACUACCUACCAACUUGGGCUUUAAAAGAAAGUGCUACUUACUAGGCCGUGUGGCCCAAAUGUUUCUCGGUUUCCCAAUUGUUGCGUGGAGUGCGUCCAGUCCGUGGACUAAGAAAAAGGAGAAAAACGUUACUAAAAAAAAGGAGAUAAACAAGAACGUAGGGAAAUUUUCUACCGCUGCAAGCUUUUAAUUCGUCCGUAGACUAAUCCAGCUACGGUGUAACCUUUUAUAAACAAGAACGUAGGGAGUACCAGAGAACCACAUUGCUCUUCGCCUUGUUCUCUGCGUUUCCUUCUGAA